AUGUGGAUCCCGCUUCGGGUCAUCCCGUUCCUUCUCCUUGGUUUUUUGCUGUCUCUCCUUCUCUUCUCUCCCUUCCCUCUGCCCUGCUUUGCGUUCCACAUUUCGCCGUCGCCCCGGAUCUCGCCCUCCCACCUCGGUUCGUCCGCUGCCUUCGCGGCCCCGCAGCGGGCCUGGCGGGACUGGUUUCCUCUCUUUGUUUCUUCGUCUCCUGCGUCCUUCGUUUCUGCGUCUUCUUCUUGGCUGUCGUUGUCCACGCGCGGCCUCUUCCCUGCUCCUUCUUCUCUCCGCCAUCGCAGCCAGCCGUCGGCACCGUUUCGCCCCUGGGUUCCUUCUCGCUGCGCUCUUUCGUCUUCUUCUCUCUCUCCGUCGAUCGCUUCCUCGCCUCCUCCAAGUGAUACUCCUCACUCUGGAUGCGGCGCGCCUGCAGCACUGCCUUCGCGUGGAGAGUCAGCUUCCUCUCGGCUCGCAGGCCCUGUGCCGGCCUUCGCGUCGGCGUCUUCUUUCUCGCUGCAUAGUUCCGCCCGCGGCGCAUCGCUUCCGCCCCGCUCGCUCUUCUCCUCGGCGCUGUGGAGUGCGCGGCGGACAGGCGUCGCGGUGCCCCCACAGAUCGCGGCUUUCGGGCGGACCUUUGUCUACGCCUUCCUGAAGCCGCUGCGGAAAGACAAAGCUGCCGCGAUCGCCGAGGCUGCGGAGGCCUCGGAGGCUGCAGAGGCCGCGCAGCUGUCCGAGCCAGUGCGCGGCGAGAGCUAUUUCCAAGACUUUGACGAGGUCUACGAUGCGAGCGAAGAGCUCCGGCGCCUGAACGAGCUCCACAAGUUCUACGCCGUCUACACCUACCCCGAGACCUACUCGUUCGAAGCCGACGCGAGUCCACUCGAAGCAGACAGCGCGCCCGCCGAGAACGCGAGAGAAACAGAAGAUGCGGGCGAAGGGGAGCGGGAGAUAGGCGAGGGCGAGGAGGGGGUGGAGAAGGCGCGGGAGGGGGCGUCUCGGGGGUCGUCGCGCCUUGAGCCGCCGCCUCGGCCGCUUCCGCUGCCGCGUCGACUGCGUCUGCCGCUCUCACGUCUGCCGAGCAAGGCGCUGUCGCUGUUUCCCUCGCCGAAACCUGCGGCGUCGUCGCCAUUUGUGCCUUCUCUGGCGUCCGCGGGGUUAACUGCGCCGGGCGCCGCACCGCUGCCGGCGCCGGCGUUCCCCUCGCAUGCGCUCCCGCCCAACGUCUCCGCGUGGGGCGGCUUUCCGCUGCCGGCGUCGGUCUCGCGCGAUUCUGCGCGGCGCUUCCUCGCGCCGUCGCUCCUCGGCGACUGGAUGGUUGAGCAGACUUUGGGGCGGCAGCGCGCGGGACUGCUGAGCACGUUCGCGUUCGACUCGGAGGCGAAUCCUGCGAAGCCCUCAGGGGGCGUCGGCGUCCGUACUGAGGACUUGCGCGGCGUCUCCGUCGCCGGCACGCUCGCCGCCGCCGCGGAGGCCGCGCCCGCCCAGGCCGGGCUGAGCGACCCCGAGGCGGAGGCGCGCGCAGUUGCCGCGCGGAACUGCGACGUCGCAGAAAGCCUCCUCGAGGGUCGCGCAGAGAGCGACGCUCCAACUGCGGCGUCAGAAGACGAGCUGCAGAUCGAGAGAAGAAACGCGCGCGACAGGGGCAAUUCCCAGCGCGAGGCGGACGAGGAAGGGGGGGCAAGGCUGCGGUUUGCGAGUGCGCUGGCGAGUGCAGCCUCCGGUGACGCGCGGAGGGCGGAGGCUUCGCGCAGGGAGAGACCCGGGGAGGGCUUCGAGCCCUACGUCUCGCUCCUCGACGAGUCUGCGCGCGGAGGCGGCAUCGCGAUGGAGAUGUGGCUGCCUGGCGUCGCGGCGCGCGACAUCAUCAUCGAGCUGCGCCUCGUCGGGCGCGAGGAAGACGGCGAGGACGGUGGGAGGCUGCAGACGGCGGCGGAGGGCAAGGCGACGCAGAGCCCCGAGAAUAACACGAGAGAGGCGUGGUCGCUGGACGAGGAGUUUGUGUUUCGAGAAAACAUUGAGCACGUGGAAGACCGCAUGUUCACUAAAGAGAGGAAACGGUGGCCGCUGACUAUUCUCCCCAUGCUCGUCGUGAACGCCCCCAAGAGCCGGAGAGUCCUCCGCUGGGAGAUGGAGACUUUCAAGACCAGACAGAAACACGGGCGAAUGGCGGACUACGAGAGGAUUCAACGCGCGUAUCGCCUCAGAUGGCCUGCAGACAUCCGCAGAGCGGAGGCUCGACUCGACAGCGGCAGGCUGAUGGUCGUGGUGCCCCCCCUCGAGGACCUCUCGAGCUUCGACGCCGAAGCCGACGCGGACGCGCUGCCGAUGCGUAUCCCUGUUCAACAGAAGCCGCUCCCGUGGACCGGGCUGAAGGGCUUUCGCGUUUACCAUUCGCGGCGCGACUGGAUUUUCAAUUUCCACAAAUUCUCGCAGUACGCCAAGGGCGUGGAUCUCUUCACGUUUGACUUUAAGAAAGAAAAGGUGCCGAUUCGAGAGCCCGACAGACAGGAGGAACAGGAGGCGAAACGCAUGGCUGAAGUCAUCUCAAAAAAAAACUGGAGACUCUGGCGCGGAGAAAAACUCUGA